AUGGGUGAACUCAAGGCAGCAUACAAGAAGUUUUCUUCAGAUGACGAUUUUCCAGACCUUUCGCAGCAUAACAAUUACAUGGCAAAAGCGCUGACGAAAGAAAUUUACGCAAAGUUGCGGGAUAAGGUCACUAAGAAUGGGUAUACUCUCGAUGACGUGAUUCAAACAGGGGUCGAUAACCCAGGUUAGUCAGUGGCCAAAGUCAACAUCCAACAAAAUUUAUAAAUUUUAUUUCGUAAAAUGCUGAAAAGCAAAUGGUACAGUGUGAAAGUACUUCAAAAAAGGUUUCGUUUGAAUGAUCACACUUAAAGAUUCCAUCCCCUGCCGAAAAGUUCGAACAACCUUGUACAGCAUAAUAAACAGUACCACAGGAAAGUACUGCUCAGUAGCUUUCAUUUGAAUGGUCACACUUUAGGAUUCCAUCCACAGACUCAAAAGAUAGAACCACCUUGUAUAGCAUAAUAAACGAUAGGAAAGUACGGCUCAGUAGCUUUCAUUUGAAUGGUCAUACUUUAAGAUUUCAUCCACAGACUCAAAAGUUAGAACCACCUUGUACAACAUAAUAAACAGUACCACAGGAAAGUACUGCUCAGUAGCUUUCAUGUGAAUUGUCAUACUUUAGGAUUUCAUCCACAGACUCAAAAGUUAGAACCAGCUUACAAGACUCAUGAAGAGUGACCAACAUUCGAGUUCUCCUUACCGUAAUGCUGUUCAAUCAAACGCAAGGAUCAUGAGAAAAAAGAGAAUGAUCAGCAAGUGUAAAACGCGUAGAUUUUUGCACAAAUUCUCCUUAUGAGUACCAUAGGAAGUGUAAGGAGAGGAGUUUGGAGAAAGUGUAUGCGGAUAUCAGAGAAACGGACAACCUUCAAUACUUCGCCCCAUGUAAGGUAAUCCAAGACAGUCUUGGAUUCUGGAGUCCAGGUACUGCAUGGAUUGCGGAUUCUUUGUCAGUAGGACUUGGAUUCUGGAUUCCAAUUGUUAGCGAGAUUCCGGAAUCCUUGAGCUGGGUUCCGAGUUCCAAAGCCCAGGAUUCCGGAUUCAAUAAACAACCCCGGAUCCAGUUUGUUUAUACUUUCUAAAACAUGCAGUAUAUCAACUGUGAUUGAAUAACACUGUAUUCAUGCGCGUCAUGGAAGUGAGCUAUAAUUUUUAAUUUUGGCGUAAAGAAUACUUUUCGAUGAAUGUUUAAUUAACGAAUUUUUUUGGUUGAUAAAGAUUUGCACUUCAGUUUUUUCUCUAUCAAAAAAAGAACAAAAUGAAACUGCCAAAAACUGCCAAAAAAUCAAGAAUUCGAAAAUGUCGCAAAUUUAACUUAAUUAGCCAAUAAAAACGUGAUUAAAUUAGGCUUACGUAAAUAAUAUGGCAAAUCUUUAAUGACGUCACUGAAGACGACAUGACAGUUUGCGCACGAUGUUUCCGCCCUAACAGCUGGAAACAGUCAGCACGCGCUCAAAUAGACACUUAAUCUUUCGUAUUAUGAAUCGCAUAAGUGCUAUUGAAAGGAAGUACCUUGAAAUGAAGAGCAAUCGGACAAGAUAAAUCUCUUUAACUAACUGACAUAGCACCAGUUCAAAAAACCGUUUCUUGACAUGAACUUGCAGUAACCAAAAAACAGUUACAAGUUGAAAAUACAAAUAUUUUCUUUGUCAAAAUGAGUAGUGAGUAUAAUAACUUUAAGGGUUUUCAAACGUAGAAGCGAGUUCAUGGCAAUUUUUUCGCCGCAAAAUUUUCCAUUGUUUCGAAUCUGCUCUUACUUUGAUACUUUUUAUUUACCAGUUUCCAGAAAUCUUACUUGGCGGGUAACUCUUUACAUCAGAUGUACCCAAUCUUAACCGCUACAUAAACAUUGGAAAAUCCCGAUAAAACCGCUAGGAAAUCGUAGCAAAAAUCGUUUGCGUAAAAGGCCCCAGUCUAACAGUAGCCUGAGAAAACAGCCAACAUUUGGCGACGCUAAACUGGUUUCCCCGCCAAAUGACGUCUGAGAAACGAGCGCGGAAAUUCCAUACUGAUGACGUGUCACUACCCAGAUCUGCGUAGUGCUUCUGAUUGGUCGUGCCGCGUGGGAAAUUUGAUUCAACCAAUCAGAAGCACUACCCAGUUCUGGUGAGUGAACCAUCAUCAGUAUGGAAUUUCUUCGCUCGUUUCUCAGAAGUCAUUUGGUGGGGAAACCAGUGGCAGCGUCGCCAAAAGUUGGCUCUUUUCUCAGCCUUGUUAAACAGUUGAGCGAGCUAUGUAACAAUGACAGAAACAAUUUCAUUUCCUAUCAGGUCACCCUUUUAUCAUGACUGUGGGAUGUGUUGCCGGAGACGAAGAAUCUUAUGACGUCUUCGCAGACCUUCUGGAUCCCGUUAUUGAGAUGCGACAUGGCGGCUACAAGAAAACAGACAAGCACAAGACUGACCUUGAUUGCACGAAAAUCAAGGGCGGAAAACUCGAUGAGAAUUACGUGCUAUCGUCACGUGUUCGCACCGGGCGCUCCAUCCGGGGUUUCAGUUUACCGCCGCACUGCUCACGAGCAGAGAGAAGAGGAGUCGAAAAAGCCGUGGUAGAUGCCCUGGGUAAACUGGACGGCGAUUUUAAGGGAACGUAAGGCCUACAUGUAUGUUUCUUUAGUUAUACGAGAGAAAGAAAAGAGCAUUUUCUGUAAUUUUCCCUAGAUGUCGUAAAAUAUUUAGUUUGCAAGACAUUCUAAAGGCUGAGUCAUGCAAUGUAGCUUAUUAAACACAAGAAAGAAUGUUUCAAGGAUUUCCAAACAGUGGGAAUGGAACAAAAAAGACCAAUUUUUCCGGGCAGCGCUCUUAAAAAAUAAAUCAUGUCGUAAAAUAUCCGCGGGUGUUACCUACAAGAACACAAAGAAAGGCGAGCUUCUUCUUCCUUAUACGGGGCGGUUUAGACGUAGAUUUAAAUUCGCUCCCUAUCUUGUUUCAGGUACUAUCCACUCAACAAGAUGACAGAGGCCGAACAGGAGCAGCUCAUUGAAGACCACUUCCUCUUCGACAAGCCAGUCUCGCCACUAUUGACAUGCGCAGGAAUGGCCCGUGACUGGCCCGACGCCCGAGGGAUCUGGCACAAUGACAAGAAAAACUUUCUUGUCUGGGUUAAUGAAGAGGACCACACUCGUGUGAUCUCCAUGCAGACUGGAGGCGAUAUGGCUGCUGUGUUUGAACGAUUUUGUACUGGCCUUAAUAAGGUGUGGUAAUUAUUCAUUUCUUUUGCUUAAUGUAUAAUUAUCGACCUCAGAGAUCAAACUUUUGACUCCGCGCUUGCGCAAUAGAGAAGAGUUCUGGGCUCAAGAAUGUGCUAGUAUCUAAGAAGUUAUGAGACCAGGAGGGGCACUCUUGGUUGGACUUUAUUUUGAAAAAGCGCUCAACGAGAAAGGUUUAGGUUAAGCAAUCGGAAUUUGGCAGAGUCUAACCAUGAAAACUAGAUGGAAAAAAGAAGUGUAACAGGGAGUUGAGAGUACAAAACACUGCCACUUUUUUGCUGCUACUGUAGUAUCCAGUUAAAAAUUGCUCAGGAUUUAACGUAAUGACGAUAAAUGAUGACUGAUGAAAAUGAUGACUGAUGAUGAAUAAUAACAACAAGGAUGAUGACAGAUAGUAAAAACAAUAAUGAUAGAAACGAUAAGAGAACGCCAGUGUCCAUAGAGUAACAAGGUAGAUAAAAACGACAAAAACUAGUAGUAUAUUGGAAAAAGUUAGACGAAAUUUGCUGACGUUCUUUAUUAGGCUGGUUUAGCAACAGAACGGAAACGUCAGUUGACGACAGGAAAGUGCGCGCAAAGGACUGAACGCGACUUCCGGUGCUCAAUUUGCUGCUCUCCCAUUGGUCAAGCCAGUUGUUUGAUUUGCGCGCGUCGUCGUCAACUGACGUUCCCGUUCUAUUGCUAAAUCAAAGAUUUCCUUGACUUACGCCAUUAAUUUCUACCAGGUCGAGCAACUUAUCAAGGGAGCUGGGUACGAGUUCAUGUGGAAUGAGCACCUUGGUUACGUGCUUACCUGUCCAUCAAACCUGGGUACCGGUCUCCGCGGAGGCGUCCAUCUGAAAAUCCCGCUCAUGAGCAAGGACGAGGCGCGGUUAGACGACAUCCUGAAGAAACUCCGUCUGCAAAAGCGUGGCACGGGAGGCGUUGACACGGCGUCCGUGGGAGGCGUGUACGACAUCUCGAACGCCGAUAGGUUGGGGUUUUCAGAAGUGGAGCAAGUUCAGGGUGUAAUCGAUGGCGUACAGUUGUUGAUUGAGAUGGAAAAGAGACUGGAGGAAGGCGGGACCAUCGAUGAUUUGAUUCCCAAGUAA